AUGAUGCUCAUGGAACCUCUUAUGUUCAGCUUCAACCAGCCCAACGGUGAACCUCAAACCCCCACGAGGACUCCUACUGCCUUGGGCGAUUCGUUUCAUACCCCGAAGCUCGAGUCCAGUUUCUUUGACCCCCGGGUCAACUGGGAUACCGCCGAUCCAUAUGCUUCGAGCCCCGAGUUCCUUCGCACUCCCAACAAGUUCGGCCUCGGCAACUCAAAUUCGUUGAGAGCAGAGACAACUCUAGAUCAACAUGCGGACACAGCAAAUAUCAAGGAUAGGUGGUUAUCGGAGCAGGCAGAUUCCGCCAGACGCAUUCGCUCCGUGAAGCCCCUCCCCAGCGUGAGCGAGGAUGGCCCCCGGACGGUGGACUCGGCCAAAUCAGCCGCCUCCAUGCAGACACCACCGCCGACCAGUGCUUCCAGACGGAAGGCUUCCGAGUUUGAUCAGAUUGAUGGGAUGGUUGGCAAAGGAACCACGCCCCGCCCAGGAGCUCAUCUAGAAACACCGAGUCGUUUGCUCGGGGCGUCUCCUCGAAUGUUUGGCAACCUGCAGUCUUCACCCGACCUGUUCCAGCUGGCUUCUUUGGACCCGGCGGGCUCGCCCUUCUUUCCCCAACAGCGAUUGUUUUGGGAUCACGAUUCAGAGCCCACAAAUGAUGGCCCCUUGCCCAGCAAUACUGGGAAUGGCUUUGGGGCAGAGAACUCGUCCGCUUCUUCCAAUCCCCAGAUACCCCAAUUGCCGACGAUCGAUGGCCCAAUUGAUUUACCCGAGUUCAACAGCCACGCUUUCGGUAUCUCCUCUGCUCCCCCUACCGAUGCUGCUCUAUUUCCUGCCCCAUUUUCCACCUCCCCACGGGUUCCCGUUACCAAGGCAGAGGACCCGGCCAUGUUUCUGAGUUCCCCAGCUAGGCGAUUCGGCGGCACUCAACUCACGCCGGACAACAGGCGUUUCCCUCGUGGAAUUCGACAACCGUAUCACCACCAAACGGAGGAAUUCAAACGGGAGGAGCUCCGCCGUGGACAAGCACCGAACGGCCAGGCUCCAGGCUCUUUCUCCCAUUUCCCAGAUGAUGAGGAUGAGGACUCUACGCCGAGGGGAGGACGACCAGGGCUGACCCGAAGCUUGACCCAUACUGCCAUCACAAGUUCAUCCCACCGGCCUCUAAGUCAGUCUGGGGGGGUGAUGGCGUCCACGAGUGGGAUCCGCAAGAGCCCAUCCAAAGGUCGUUCUUCUCCGACCAAAUCGAUCCGUCCCACCCCCUUGACGAGAGCUAACUCGAUUGCCUCGGGAGCUCCGACCCGCUCGCAGUCCGUCGUGCUUCGCAUUGGCCGAGAUGGUCGAGCGAAGGCUGAAAUGCAGACUGUUCCCGAAGCUCCCACAGGCUUAACGGAUCCUCUCACUGGAAUGGAUCUCGAUGGCUCGGCAACCGAGAGCGAGGCGGACCCUGCCGAGUAUUCGGAAUAUCCCGUGCUUCUUCGCCAUCAAUCUUCCUUCGCACUCUUUGACAGUGGUCGGCCUCCCUUGUCCCGUAGCAACUCGGACUCUCGACCUCCUUCCAAGGGAUCCUACGCUUCGACAGUUGGCUCGUCUCAUUCGGGGCGCAUGUCUCCCUGGGCCGGCUCUUCACGCGGUGGGACUGGACGGUCUACGCAUCGAGGGUCUCCUGAAAAUCCCAAGCGGACGCCCAAGCGACAUUCGUCCCUGCUCCACUCCGACGCGACCUAUACUCGGGGCAGUGUCACAUCCGAGUCACUGCCAGAGCAAGAAGACGACAGUGGAGACGCCCAACACGCACUGCGACAGGUGCUUAAAGAACGUCGAGGCGCCAGAGCCUCUGUCGGCGGUUAUGGAAAUCGGCUUCCUCGAUCGUCACAACCGUUUUCCCAUCUUCGCUCCUCGCCACCGCCCCUCACCAGCGAUUUCGACAUUCAUCCACGACACCCCAACACCUCUCCAACCACCCUGACCGAUCCGGAUCUUGCCACUCCUUGCACCGACCGUUAUAGCAACCCCAGCAAUGGUACGCGCUGCAUCUGCAACUCGAUGGAUAAUGGCGGCCACCUCAUGAUUCAAUGCGAUUCCUGUACCCAUUGGCUACACACCAAAUGCGUCGGGCUGGAGCGCGCGAACUUGCCGUCGGUCUAUGUGUGCAUGUUUUGUGCCCAAACCCCGACCAGGCGGAAUCGCGUGCGCUCCUCUUACGGGCCCACGGGCCAAGGGCCUCCGUCGCCCUUGGCACACAAGUCGUUUCGGUUUCGAUAG